GUGGUUCGCCAGCACUGUGGAAGGCGCUUCCCCAGCAAAAUUGCCGGAAGCAGCAGACACAUUGGGAUGGUCCCCGCCAGGCGAGCUGGGACGGUCCAUCCUGGAAGCAGCGCCGGCGAAAUGCCAGGAUCUCUUUGGGGUGGACGUCUCAGAGGAUGCCCCUGCCGUGCUGCGCGACGCAGCGACUCCCAAGCAGCUGAAGAGCUUCCAGAACUUGUCCUGGGUGGUGCGAAAGUAUGGGAAGACGCAGCUCCAAGUGGCACAUCCCUCAUAUCACGUUCUGAGUGAGGGAAAUGCGGAAAGCACACAGGCACUGGCCGACUUUGUCGCAGAAAUGGCACACCACUCCAGCACGAACUUCUCUUUCGCCUUCGACCACCAAGCUGGGAUUGGACAAAGCCUUCGUUUUAAGGGAACGCCUACCUCUCUCCAAGGUCAGAACACCAAGCGAGUGUUUUCCUUGGGUGGAGAUGGCGCAGGCUUGGGACUCCAUGCACAUGGUGCAACUUUCUUGGCAUUGCUUACUGGACAAAAACUGUGGUUCAUAGCUCCGCCCGCUGCAGUCCUUGCCCCUGAAUUGCUUGACCCAGUUCAUGCGCAUGGCAUUCGGCUAAAGCGCAUCGCGGACAGCUUUGUAACUUCAGGAUGUCAUGCUUCCCCAAAAAUGCCAGCAGAUGCGGCUUCGUGUGCUUCAAGUGAAAACGAUGACACAUCCGACGCCGCAUCGUCUCAACAACCCCCUGGGCUGUUGCAAUGUCUGCAGGAUGCUGGUACUGCGCUGUACCUCCCGAAGAAUUGGCUGCAUGCCACCGUGAACGUCGGUGAUGCCGCUGCUUUUGCCCUGCAGGGCCCUCCAGACGACGAGGAAAAAGACGUGGAGGCUAUAAUUGCCAGUGGGUCCACCGAACAGCUGGCUGGCUUAGCGAUGACGCUGCUCUCUGCCGGUAGACUGGAAGAGGCUCUCCCGGUGGCAAGGAAGAUGCUCGAAGUGGCGCCGCGGGAUCUGAGGCCAUAUUUCUACAUGGGCGAAAUCCUUGCAAUGACGGGUGCAGGUGCGGAGGCUCUUGAACAAAUGGACGCGGCAAAAGACAAGGCGAUGGCUCUGGCGCACGACGAGCCGCCUGCGCCAAAGGAACUUGUGGCCGCGUGGUUGCUGCGUAUUGCGUAUACGUUCUGUGGGCCAUUGGAGAGCGUUGAGAAGGGUGCACUGAUUCUAGAGCAGGCGCUUACGUAUGAUCCCAGCGCACUCGUCGGCCACCAGCUAGCACCAGGCUUGGAGGAGUGCAAGCAGUUG